UGAAAGAGAAAGAGGGAAUAAGUGCGGAAGUGCAAGCAACACGAACACACCUAUGAUCGCAGCCAUUCCUCGAAUUUGAUAUGGCCGUUCCUGUCAUUUUAAAUUUGAGUUAAACUGUAUACAUGAUUGUGUCGACAGGAACUUGAGCAAGUUUAACGCAGUUUUUCUCAAUGAAAUAUGUCAAUACACGUUACCGUGACUGGGAAUCCUGUGAAUAUACGUCGUGGUAGAAUGGUGCUGUCUGAUUUGGAUCAAAUCAAGAAAAAUGAACGUGAUCGUCGACGAAGGUUACGCCUGGAACAAGUUCGGCAGCAAUCAAAGGAGAUAUCAAAUCGACUUUUAGAACGGGCUAAAAAGAUAGCGAAGGAAGAACUUAGUAAAUUAGAAAAAGAUGGAAAAUCUGAACUUAAGCAAAUGCAUGAUAGAAAAAUUAUGGACAUACAGCAGAAAUAUCAGGAAGAUUUAGAAGACAUCGGUCAAGCUCAUGCCUCUGCUGCUUUACAACCAGAUGUAAGUGCAAUAAUAGAAGAAGAGGGAAGAAAAGAUAGAGCUGUGGCCUUACAAAGAGGAAAAGAUGCAAUGGAACGUGUGAAAGAAGCAAAACAGAAGGAUGACGUUGAAGCAGCUCAUCAAGAAAGAUUGCGUAGAGUACGAGAAAUGGAAAAUAUCAGAGCUGCGAUGAUAGCUAAACUUCCAAAAUCAUCAAUUGAAGAAUGUGAUAAAAUAGAAAUAAAUUCUCCUCAAGAUAGUGCAAAUAAAGAAAUUAUGCAUAGCAUGCUAACUCCAAAAAAAAAGAGUCAAAAAGUUCUUUCAAAAAAAUCAUCUAAAAGGAUAAAAAAACCUGGUCCAAAAGAACAGCAAAAAGUAUUAUCACCAAAACCAGGUCCUUCAGGAUUACAAAAAAAAUCUGCUGUUCAAUCUCAUGAGUUAUUUCCGAAGAAAAAAGUAGACAAAUAUAAAUCUGAUCAUUUUGAACAUCUUAUUGAUAAUGAUGAGAGUGAUGAACAAAUACCACGAAGAACAAUACCGAUAAAUACUGUACCAAUUAAGCCUGACAAAAUAAAAAAGUACAAUCCACAAGAUUACACACAAGAUAUAUCGGAUAAUGCAAGCAAUAUUAGCAGUAGCAGUUCUACUUCAACCAGUGAUGAUUCCUCAUAUUUUUCUGACGCCACAGAACAAAUUGUCUGUGAUAAAACACCGAGAAUUCCAACUUCAGUAGAUAGCAAAGUACGAUUAUAUGAUCACAAUAUGCAUCAAAGAUAUGUCUAUGACAGGCCUCUUGGUAUGGUUGAAAGAAUCGACAUUGGAAAUGAACCAAACGCGAUAGAAGCAGCACGAGCAAUGAAAGAUUUAGAGAAUGCAGAAACGAAUAUGUCCAAAUGUCGUAAAUUAAGUGCCCAACGUCGUGGCGAAGAUGCGAUUCUACGGGAAAAAGUACGGAGAGAUUAUCAGAUGCUCUUACAGAAUUUAGAUCAUCUUGCACAGGAAGAGCGCAAACUAAAAGCUAGUCAAAUUCAACCCUGUGUAGAGGAAGAUACACACAUGAGAUUACACCAGAGAAACAAAUGUCAACGAGAACAUGAGCGAAAGUUGAAUCGUGCAGCUAAAAAGAUUUUUGGUACAGACUCUAUACCGGCUCAGCACACUCAUCUUACAGAAAGAGUCGUUACUUUAUCAACACAGAAAAAGGAUGACAUACCUCAUUCUACAUGGCAAGAGUCUCAUCUCAUUGAAGAAGAAGAUGUUUGUCACACACAGCAAGAUAAAGAUAACGAAAUGUCACGUGAAGAACAAAUAUUGGAUAUGUUGAAAAAAGUCGAGAGGCAAAAAAGAUUGUUACUACAAGAAUUUGGCGCGAGUUUACCAGAUAAUAUAUUUAAUAUCAGCAUGAAGCCACUGUUUGAAGAUAAAAAUUCGAUAAAGGCACCAGAAACUAAGAAUACUGCUAAAUCUUUGUCACCUGAAGUUAAAGUUAUAAAUAUGUCUAGUAAUGAUGAAUGUACUAGAAACGAUCGUAAAGUGAAGAAACCUGAUAAAUCACCCACGAAAAAAAUUGAGAUUGCCAUUCAGACAGCACUGGACAAAACAACUCCAGCAGAGAAUAAGAGUGUACAAGUGGAAUUAUCUCAAGAAGAGACACAUAUAUCAUAUUUCAGCAAAGGUGCUCCUGCACGAAUACCUCAUCCGAUUGAACCAAAAAUUACUAUCAUUACACCAGAAUCAGAUAACAGUAGUAAUGACUCUACAAGCUCUGAUAUUAGCGGGAUGGUUAUUGAAAUUGAUAAAAAAGAAGUGAUCGUAACACCUAAAAAAAGAAAAAGUAGCGUAAGAGUAUCGAAGCGAGCAUCGCCUCGAAUUUACCAAAAGAUUCGCUCAACGUCCGUUAGUAAAGCAACAUCACCUAUAAAGAGAUUUUCGAGAUCUCAAUCAAUUUCUCGUCUGACGCCUCAGAAGAAAACGAAAUGCUUAGAUACAGCUCCAGACACAACUCCAGACACAGCCACUAGAAGAGUUGAUAUACAUAUGAGUGAGUCUGCAAUUAAUGAUGAAACAGAUCCGUCGCAAGAAACGAGGGUAUCGAUAGAUGCCAGCGCAGAAAGCUCACAAACACUUUCAGGUGUGAACGAUCAAGAUCAAUGUGGUAAACCAUAUCGGGUUCGAACUCAAAUGAAAAGAUGGAUUCGGAUAAAAGAUACAUCAGAUACGUCAACUUCAUUUGCGAGUCCACCGCCAAUAAAGCCUAGAUCAAUGUUUGAUGCCUUAACUAAUGUAACGCCGAUCUUAGAGAUGCUAGAUUCUCCAGCACCUGAAGAAUUAAGAAGAUUACAACAAGAAAUCAGUCCAGUUUCUACACCAGAAACUCCUUCACCACGUACAAUGAUGAUGCCUUCCAACAUUCCACAUUACGAUCGAAUCAGCAGAAUGCUUAGAUAUAAUUUAAAUGAUUGUCAAACCAAGACCAGGAGAUCAUCGACUCAACAUGAUCAAUCUACUUUAACAGAUCCGUCAGAUUAUCAACAGGAAUUUGAAAUAUCGAAGAUUUGUGCUCCUUCACAAGAACCUUCACCAUCAUCCAAAAUCUGUAUAUGCAAAAAUCGCAAAUGUAAAUUGUUACAUAUGAAACUUGACGAUAUUCAUGAUUACGCAUUGAAAAAUUGUCCUGAAAUAUUGCAAAAAUAUGAAGAUCUACAAAACUUGUGUGCAGAAAGAAUAGCAUCUUUAACUGAUCUUAUUGAAAAAGUACGAAAUGAACAAAAAGGUAUGGAUCUUUCGUUAAUUAGUCCAAGUGAUGAAACUAGUUUAAUGCAACUAUCUACACCAAAACCAGCACGUAAUGAUACACAAGCAGUACGUAGACUGAUUGACAGUAUAGAAGCAAUUCAUGCCCAACUUGCAAAAACUCUUCUUGAAUCACAGAGAAUUAUGCAAGGAAGCCAAGCAAUUUCAAAGGAUGAAACAUCAUGCGAUGCAAAAAUACAGGCGAUCACUUCUAUUCCCCGAAGUAAAUUAGUAGAUACGAUUAAAACACAUAUACAGGAAUCCAAAUUAGUAGAAGGCAAAGUAAAGCCAAAAAUUAUAAGCAAUGAAAGAGUAAAUAUACAACUUAACCGAUUUAAAAUGCAGAAAAAACCUCAAACAAUCCCGGCACCAAAAAUGUUGGAGCGUAACUCUUGGCCUCCGUGUACACGUUCUCUUCACGAAGAAGAGAUAAUAGAGAAAUUGUCAAACGAAAUCUUGGAACAAAGUAAAAAUUUGGACAAAGCUAGCAUUGCCUUUGCAGCAUUGAAAGAAAAUGAUGAAAUACAGCAUAAAGUGUUGUCUUUUAAGGAUAUUAAAAAAAAUGCUUUAUUAGAACACGAAAAGGAUAAUAACAUUGCAAAUAUAUAUUUUUAGAUAGCAAAAGAAAGUGGUUUUAUUCCUAUAUCAAGUGGCAAAGUAUUGCGUAAUCAUGGAAAUGUGACAUUAAUAAGUGCAAGACCUAAACCUCCAGUUACAUUAUUAAAUGGCCUAUACAGGCCAGAAUUAGAAUCAUCGGGACAUGAAUUAUCAACAAUAGUAGAAUUUGAUACAACGGAUACAGCUAAUAAAAGCCACAAGAGCCCAACAAAAUCUAAGCCAUCAGUUCACGUGGCUCCUUUACCCGUUCAACAGAAUCAAAGUUUCUUGAAAAAAUCAGCAGAUUCAUUAUCUGAUAUAAAACACUCCACAGAAAAGCUGACUAUUGCACAGAAGUCACCAGAAACUAAAACUAUUUGCAACUCUCCUGAAAAGUUAAAAAGUAUGACUAAUUGUAUUACGGAAACAAAACUUGAAGCUGAGCGAGAGUGUAUGCUUGAGAAAUGUAAUAAACAAUUACAAUGUAAUACUACUAAUGAAGAACCUGUUUCUCAAAUAAAAGAUAAACUUGGUUCUUCUAUAAGUAUUGAUCCUAAUAAUGCACAUAAAGAAAGUAAACAUAAAACAACAUCUACUAGUUUACAUAGUUUCUCCGGAUUAUCUGGUAUUUCUGAAAUAAUGAGUUCCCCAUCGUCAGAUGUGCUGAAGCAUACUUCAUCUCCGGAAGAAAUGGAAACAGCUUUGAAAAAAUUGGGUUUAGGUUGGGCGGUUACGACGCUAAAGAAAACUCGAGAAGCAAGUGCUCUUAGUUCCUCUUCAAAUUCUGAUGUUACACCAAUGAAUACAGCUAGAAGAAUGAUUUCCUCCACUAAGAAACAACAUGAUUCUAACGGCCUUCCGGAUAUCAGUGAUGUAUCAUCGAUAUCAAUCAAAGAAGCUAGCAAGAGUACCGAGCAAGCUGUGCUCUUAAAGGGAAGAACUUCCACGCCUAAAUUCCAAAAUUCAAAUUCUAACAGUGAAAGAUCCAGUACUACAAAUACAUCAGAAAGCGUUCAAGAACCAAGUGAUAGUUUAACUGUACCUAAUGUGUCACUUACAAAGACAAAAUCUGAUAAUAAGCAAUUACAAAGUCCUUGACAGAAAGUA